AUGGGAAGUUGUUGGGCAAAGGAGGUUGAUUAUCAUGAUCAAGAUCAAGACCAUCACGAGGCCGAACUUGCUAGUGGAAAUGUGCAUCUUAUAACAACGAUGGAAAAUUGGGAGGUUAUGUUAUCAGAGGCUAACAAAGAUGGCAAAAUUGUUUUGGCGAAUUUCAGUGCACCAUGGUGUAAUCCGUGUAGAUCAAUAGCACCAACCUACAUUGAAAUGGCAGAUAAAUAUCCCUCCUUUCUAUUUUUAACUGUAGACGUAGACGAGCUCACAGAACUGAGUACUUCAUGGGGAAUCAGUGCCACUCCAACAUUCUUUUUCCUUAAAGAACAAAAAACGAUCGACAAACUUGUUGGGGCUAACAAGGACGAACUCCACAAGAAAUUAGCCGCGGUGACUACUCGUCAUGAUAAUUCUCAAGCAAAAUCACAAUAG